CAGGCGAGCUGAUCUUAAGAAAAAGUUCAUCAGACUACAGUCAUCUAUAUCCACUUUAAAGAUGUCCGAACCAACAACUGUGCAAAAAUUUGGUUGUGAAGGAGGUGCUUCAUUUUCAUUUACAGGUGAGAAGAAUGGUGCCAAUUUAGAGAAGAUUGGGGUGUGGCUGGGAGAAUGCCAGGUGAAGGCUGUCAAGGUUUGGCUUUCAGAUGGCAGAAGUGAAACCUUUGGACAACCAGCCGGACGGUAUAAAGAGUAUGCAUUCAAGUCUGGUGAGUGUUUCACCUCACUGUCCCUGUGGGGCAAUGGAGAAAAACGCCUUGGAGCCAUCAAAUUCAAGACCAACCAAGGUGGAGAAUUUUUUGCAAAAAUGACCAAACACUCACUACCAACAGAACAUCCCAUGGAUGUCGGCUCUGGGUUUUGUCUGGGAGUUGAGGGAGGAGCUGGUGCAGGUAUUACCCGCAUAGGAUUCAUGUUUCUCAAUGCAGUUCAAACAACAGUUCUCACCAAUGUCAACUAUCCCACUCUCCACCAACUAAUACCAAAGGUGGCAGUGGAAGAGAUCAAAUCCAUGACUUACACAAAUGACACCUCCGCUAACCAACAGCAAACAGUCGAAACUUCAAAGAAAGUGACCAAAACAUCCUCAUGGUCCAUGAGUAACAGCUUUACAGCAACAUUUAGUGUGGAAGUGAAGGCAGGGAUUCCAGGGAUUGUAGAUCUUUCUACAGGAUUCAGUGUCAGCGUUGGAACAGAAAGCAGUUAUGGUCAUGAGCACACCGAUGAGAGAACCGAAACUCUGACCUUCCCUUUUGACGUACCGCCUAAAAAGAAGGUGGAGGUUGACAUCACCAUCGGCAGAGCCGCGUUUGACCUGCCUUACACAGGCACACUGAAGAUCACUUGCAAGAACGGCAGUGUGCUACAGUAUGAAACCAAUGGCCAAUACAAAGGCAUCACUUACACUGAUAUCAAAGUGAAUACUAAAGAAUCUGAUCUGUAAUGUUAAGGCAAAUUAUACAUGCAACACAUACAUUCUUUCAUUUUCCUACUGAUUUUAUGUAUCAGUUAUUCUACAUAUAAUU